CAGUGGUUUCGAUGUUUCGAUGGUUUCGGAGUUGUUUGCAGUUUAGGAAGUGCCCGGUAGUUGAGCUCAACGUCGCGCCCGUAGGCAGUCGUGCUUCCAAACAUAUCGUACGUGCAAUCGUAGACGUAGACAUUGCGAAGAAGAGAAUGGUUGCGAGGAAGGAGCCCGUGUCGUGCGACACCUUUGUGGUGCUGCCCCCGGCGACCAAGAACGGGUGCAUCGUCUUCGGCAAGAACUCUGACCGACCCGCAGGCGAGGUCCAGGAGGUGGUCUACGUGCCGAGGACCGUGCACGGCGCUGACGCCAAACUGCAGUGCACCUACAUCGAGGUGGACCAGGUUGCCGAGACCAGCGCCGUGAUGCUGAGCAAACCGGCCUGGAUGUGGGGAGCCGAGAUGGGCGCCAACGAGCAUGGCGUCUGCAUCGGCAACGAGGCGGUCUUCACCCACCUAAAUGGCAGCGAUGACAACACGGAGCGCCUGCUCGGCAUGGACCUUGUCAGGCUCGGCCUGGAGAGGGGCAAGACCGCCCGGGAGUCCCUGGACGUCGUGGUGGCGCUCCUGGAGAAGCAUGGUCAAGGGGGUCCCUGCUCGGACACCAUGCCCUUCACGUACCACAACAGCUUCCUCAUCGCCGACCGCACCGAGGCCUGGGUGCUCGAGACGGCCGGGAAGCUCUGGGCAGCUGAACAAGUCACGAGCGGCUGCCGGAACAUCUCCAACUGCCUCUCGAUCGAGACCAAGAUGGACCUGUGCAGCCAGGGACUGCGAGACAAGGCCAAGGAGCUAGGGCUUUGGGACGAGGGAAAGGGAGACUUCAGCUUCAGGCACGUGUUCAGCACGGGAGAGCAGGACGGCCGGUUCGAGUGCGGCAAGAAGCUCCUUCAACGGCUCUCACAAUCCGGCGACUUCGGAGUGAGUUCGAUGACCACGGUACUCAGGGAUAAGGCUAGCGGCAUUUGCCGAGAUACCCAGCACGAGCGGCCGACUGUGGCCAGCCAGGUGUCGGUUCUUUCGCCCAUGACGUCGGAGAGGCUUUGUUGCCACUGGUUCACGGGCACACCUGACCCAGCUCACUCGGUUUUCAAGCCCUUUGUCUUUUGUGACGAUGUGGUUUCGUCCCGACUGAUCGUAUCGCCGGUCUUCGAGAACGACCCUGCCAAGAAAUCGCCACGAUUCAAGUUUCAAGUGGACCGCCGCCACGUCCUGUACCGUCACCAUGAGCGUGUCCUCAAGAGCAUGCAAGAGGGCACUACGAAGGCUGGCAAGGAACUGCGUUCCCUUCUGGUCGACCUGGAAGACAAGUGUAUGCGGGAAGUGGAGAGCUUCCUCGAGAGCGGCGGCAGCCCACAGGAGCUGCGGGAGCUGUUCAAGGAUGUUGUCGAGACCGAGGUCAAGUUCUACAAGUAGUCUUGUCUUUCGUCUGCAGAGCUUUGUCUAAGGAUCUUCGUCUGCAGAGCUUUGUUUACGGACCUUUGUCCGCGACUCUUUGUCUGCGGAUCUUCGUCUACGGCUCUUCAUCUGUGCCACCACGGCCUUUUUUUUUCUUGCUUUUUUUGCAUAAAAGAAUGGGUGAUGUAAGAUCCUUAGAUUCCUAAGGGGAAAACAUAUGUUUGUGUAAAAGAGCCUCGUGAAUGUGGGAGAGCAACUUGAUUCUGAAGUAAGCUGACUGGCUACUGCGCAGUCCGGCAGAAUAUUUUGUCUUGAUGGGAGAAUGUCACUUGGUUUCUAAAUCUGCUACCAGGGUGCUAGAGAUUACAACUAGAUACUAAGAAGUCCCCUUGUGUGUUUUGUGGUUUCGCCUGUUCGGAAAGUGUAUCCUGUACCCAAAUUGGGUUCAAGAUCUGGAAUUUAGGUUUAUUUUAAAGGUGGCAGAUUGUAAUAUCCUGUUGAAAACUUAAUUGCACAUAGAUUAUGGUUUUGAGGUUCCACAUUGGGACAGCCAGCAUUUAUGCCAGCGACCCAGUAUCUAACAUAAAAACGAACUGUGGUGAAAGUAAUUUCACCAAAUUGAUUGCUGGGUUUCCAAGAACAAGAUUGCUUUGUGAACUGUGGUGAAAGUUGUGCUCGUGGAUUGGAUCUGGUCUUUGAUAUGGCAGUGGAAGUUCGGGAAUGCGUGGAAAGGACCUGACUCGAUGUAGUGUAUACUCAUGCUGCAUGCGUGCGAUUUGGUGGCAAAGGUUUGGUUGAAUGCGAUGGGCUGCAUAUCUUCAUUGCUGCUGUAAUCACCACUAGCGAAAAAGUCUUUCCAGUCUAGGAUAUUUUUGAAAGGAUACAGGAGCAAGAAAUUGCUUCUGUAAUAUGUAAUGAAAAGGUGAAAACUUUUUUCAAGUACGAUAUAGGAUUCUAGAUUUUGAAAGAAGGUUGGGUUGUGCAAUGGUGAGCAUGGAUUUAAGUGGCAUUCUUUGAUGUCUGGUACGCAGAUAGGACUAGCCCCAAAAAAGCUUUAUAAACUAGUGGGUAUGUACAUGAUUACGUUACGAUGGGUCUUUUACAAUGGGUACGGUGGGGUCUUUUUUUUUUUUUUGUCAUUAAGCUUGCACUGUUUGUCAGAAGUAUCUCUGGAGCAAUGAUCAACUAGGAUGAUUUUGGACGAAAACUCAGGAAGUGAAUCGGGCAGUCAAAAAGGACUGCACCUUGAGAGUAAAGUGUCCACUAACAUAUGAGAUGCUUGUGCUUUUAUGCUAGUUGGAAAAUCCUUGCAGCCUAUGCAGAUGUGCCGAAAUCUUCCUAGAAUGAGUUAUCUCAGGCUUCUCUAUCAGAGAAGUUAAAAGCAUCCUAGUUGUAAUACAGAAAUUUAAUGCCAGGAUUUUGCGACUGGCAGCGAUAAGUUCCAUAAAUAUUGUAUGCAUCGUUUUCUGAAGUCAGGUUAUACUAUUGGACAGAGAACAUUCUACAAGAAAUGAAGGCUGCUCGUAGACCUGCGGCAGUUAUUGAUAAAAGUAUUUUAACAUGACGACAAGAGUGGCUUGGUCUUAGAGGAAUGAAAGUAAACUAUUGAGUUGCAGACAAAAACUGACCUAUUUGCACUUUUUCUAUUAGUUUGCAGAAGUACUGCCUUUGAAGUAGUUGAAAUCGCGUUAGUAAUGUGUCAUCAGAAAUAGUUUCAUUUCAAGGCACUGGAAAAUUCAUUUGCACGCUUGAGCACUCAGCUCCGAGAAUGACACUGAAUACUUUGCUAGUGUGGUUGAUACUAUCCUUGCUUUGUGUGCUUUUAUAUGUUAUUUGUGAAAGGCACAAAACAUGAGCAGUGGUUAACAGAAGCUUGCUUUGAGAAAUAUUAUUGUGUCAGGUGCACAACCCUGCUUUAUAUUGUAUCUAUUCUUCAUUCAAUGUAUUUGUUUGCCUCCUAAACUAGCUUGUCUUUAAUAAUGUUCACGCCUAUAUUGAUGCCACAGAAGUGCACUCAAGGUCUGUGUGGCAAAAACAACCAGAAAAGUUGGCUUCAAGGUCGACGUACAACCUCGCUUGUCUGCAUGGAAGAUAGUCGUCUUAGCAUAUCCCCCGAACUGCGAGAGGAGCCAAGUUGAGGCAAGGUAAAACGAGCAAAGCGCGAAGUGUACAUCGACUUUUGAGCAGCCGCAGGUUGAAUGUUAUACAAUCACUUUGCGAAAAGUUGCAGUUGGCCCUUCAGAAAUUACUACAUUCUUUGAUUCAUAUCUUUUACGCAUUACACACUUGUGCAUUUAUCCAUGUUCCUUCAUAUCGUCGCUAGUGAAACCUUUCUAUGUUUUUCUUGUAAUAGCAGAAACUAUUUUUAUUGCUCCUCGUAAUGCUAAUCUUCUAGUGUGGUAGCAUUUUGUGUCAAUUUAUGUAAAGCAACAUCUUUUUGCUUUUUCAAGUUGGCUUUACAGUUGUUCAUGUUAAAUAUUUUCCGUAUAAUGUUAUGGUGCAAAGCAAUUGGACACAUAGUGUUUUUGGUUACUCAUGUUACUGAUCCUUGUGGUGCAAGUUCCUGAUUGAGUUCCUAGUAUAUUUAGUUGCAUAGUCACCUGGUAUUUUUUUUUUAAAUUAUAGUUUGUGGUUUCUGAAGGUGACUUUUCCACCCUCAUGAUAUAUUUCUCAACAUGAGAAGUUCUGUAUUUGUGAUAUGUAUAUAUAACUGCUGCUAUAUUGAUGCCCGUGCAGCAUUAUAGCUUUUUAUUUUUAGGCUUGCUGGUACCAGUGCUUUGCAGCUUUUCAAAGGUAUAUUUAAACUAAUGUGCACUAGUUGUCGCAUUUUUAUGGGAGCAUUUCUUGUGUGCAUCGGCAACUAUGCUUAAAUAAAGGUGGAUAUUCCAGAA